AUGCGAACUAUUCCAUCUAGAUAUGGUCUCUUUAGCCAAAAGUGCAAUGCAAGAGCUUUCAUUCAUAGUCAAUCAUCCAUCCAAUUAUCUCAGGGUUUAACUGAUAAUGUGGUCCAUGGGGAAGAAAGAGAUGCCAGAAACCAGAUGAUUGCUGCCAUUCAAAAUUCAAUCAAUUUGUACACCAAAAACCGGUGUAAAAGUGAUUUCCGGUUUUAUUUUACUUCGAUUAUCGAUGUAAAAAACCAUCGAAGUAAAGGUGUAAACCAACGACUCUUCGUCUUCGUCUCCGUCUCCUCUCAUCGUCUCUUAUCGUCGUUCGAAGUAAACAAGGGCACUUCGCUUCGUCUUUGUCUGUUGGUCCUUCUCUCACCGUCGCUUCGUCUCCUCUCAUCGUCUUUGUCAAGGGCACUUAACAAGCCCUUGUUUUCUCACCGCCGUUCUGCUGGUUCGAACGCCCUCAUCUCAGAACACAGAGGACGCUCAUCAUCCCCAACUCGCAACGAACAGAAGAUUCGUGUUAUGCAGUCACUGACAAUGAAUGUUAUGGAGACAAGAUUGAACUUGUGACUUGUGAGCUGCUGAGCUUCUGCGAUACAUAAUGUACUGAUUCCAUGACAGAAAAGCAAAAUGAUGAACUGAGCUAUUAAUGCUGAAGCAUUUAACAUAAUUGCCUUCAAAGUUCUCCGAUACUUCAGUAUACACAUACAGGCUAACCGUUUCUGUAAUUUUUUAAUAUUUGCCCCUUGCAUCACCUCCAUCAGCAUGAGAUGGAAUGCAUAUUGGCAAUUAUCAAUACAUGGGUGUAGUUUUACACUGUUGUUCAUCCAAACGCAUACAGAAAAUACGCUGAUGUUUUAUACUAUUCUUCCAAACGCACAGCAGUGUAAAAGUUGAAUCUAUCCGGUUCAUUUUUCGCACUUACAUAUAGGACCAGUUUUCUUUUA